GAUCACACGCGGCCGCCGUCAGACGGUUGUGCGUUCACCAUCUCGUUAAUUUCAAACACACAGCAUGGCGGGUCUCCUGCAGUAUUCAACAAGUCGAGGCAGUGAGGAGGGCUUCCACUCAGGAUCCGACGAAGCAAUCGACAAUCUGGCCUACCAGCUCUACUCACAAUUUCGAGUCGAUGAAAAUCAUUUCGAGCAGCACAAGUGCGCCUCGGACAGCGGCACUUCCAGCGGAGAGCUAGAACACAUGCUCGGGAUGAAGGAAGAGUCGACUGGGUGCCAAGGCCAACUGCCCGGGGCAUGGUUCUACGAAAUGGGUGACGACGCUUCCGCCUCGCCCACCUUUGAUCUCGAGGAAAUGGGUCCUUUCCGAGGUAUUCUCAGCUCAAGGAACUGCUCUGAAAGCGUCGAAGUGCCGAGUAGCGAACAUGUGGCCGAAAUCGUGGGCAGACAAGGCUGCAAAAUCAAAGCACUGCGGGCAAAAACUAACACCUAUAUCAAAACACCCAUUCGAGGAGAGGAUCCGGUCUUCGUUGUCACAGGAAAAGCUGAGGAUGUGCUUGAAGCGAAAAGGGAAAUUGAGUGUGCAGCAGAGCACUUUACGCAAAUUCGAGCCAGCCGCCGUCAUUCACACGGUGGUGCACCCGCGCCUGGUCAUGUCACUUUGUACGUUCGUGUGCCUCUUCGAGUCGUGGGACUUGUCGUAGGGCCAAAAGGAGCAACAAUCAAGAGAAUUCAACAAGAUACUCACACUUACAUCAUAACACCAAGCCGUGAACGGGAACCAAUCUUUGAGGUCACUGGAUUACCUCAAAAUGUUGAGGCAGCUCGUAAAGAGAUUGAACAGCACAUCUACCAGCGCACUGGUAAUAUGCCCAUGACAGAUCCAGAUGCUUCAAUUUCGCAGUACUCAAGCUUGCAGAAUAAUCUAUCACUUGCCGCAUCAGCAACGGCGGCAGCCCGUUCGGCAUAUGGCAGUUUGGCCCAACCACCAGUUCGACGUACUAUUGGCAACGAGAAUUUGCCUGACUAUAGUAGAGUGCUAGAGAGAAAUGGAUAUAGUGGACUUUCUUCAUUGAUGCGUUAUCCACAGACGACAAAAACACCUUCGUACUCCGCUGGAGGUUCGCCUCCUGCCGUAUCACCAUCAUUUUUCGGAUCCUCUUCAUCGAGUACUACGUCGAACGCUUUCCAACCUUGGUCAUCAAACAAUCUGUACACAGGUCUUGGACUUAGCGAAGCUUCAGAUCUGUUCUCUACUCGUUCUUCCGUAUUAUCUGGUGCAUCGCUAUGGUCCUCUGGUUUUGGCUCAAUGUCUUGUGGUCAGCAGAUUCCGUCUAGCCAACAUGAUGAAGGACUCGGUGAUUCACCGCCCAACAAUGUCUCGUCUACCGCUUACAAUCUGAUGUCGUCCAUAUGGGCAGAUAUUGAUGCACCUCGUGAGCCGGAGUCCAAAGCCGGAGGUCCGAGUUCGAAUCGCCUCACGUCGUCAAGCAAGCUGUUCUCGCAAUGUACUCGUUGGAAGGCCAGAAAAAGGCAAGCAUAUGCAGCAUCCGAAUAUAAGCAAGGAUUUUCGUACUAG